AUGUUCACAAAUGAUUACUGCUUUCGAUUGCUAUUAUCAUUGGCUGCAUUUGUUUUUCUUUCAGCAUUCACUGUCACAUAUGAGCAGCUGCCACAGGAGUAUCAAUUAUUGAUUCCUCCAAAUGUUUACAAAACUAUCGAAUCGCCAGAUGAUCGCCAAGGAAUCGAAGAAAUUUUCCAUGAAUUCGAUAGUCCGAUUCCAAUUGAAAAUAUCACUCAAAAACUCCGUGAGGGAUCACCGAUUUUUGCCGAGAAAAUCGCCGGAUUUUUAGAGAAAAUCACUUUUCAAUUUGAUAUUUUGCGAUUAUUGCAUCCAAAUGGAACGCUCGACUUUGAAUGGAUUGAGAAAAGACUUUCGGGAUUUCUCGUAAAUGAAGCUAUUGAUUUUUUUGCGUUUACUCCUCUUAUUGAUGUACAUACAUUUCAAGAGGCUUCUUCAACUUAUGGCCCACUUUCACAUGUAAAAAUGGAUGAAAUGAACGAACAAAUCGAAAAACUGUUACCUCAUGUCGCUCACGCCAUCGCCAAUUUGAGUACAGAAUUCGAAGCAAUCCUCGAUACAAUCUCUGAUUCAAUGCUCACUUUACAACUUCAAGUUGUCGACGAAUUGGGAAAAGAACAAAAUAAUUCGGAGACUUUUGAUGCGAUAAGGAAUGGAUUGAAGAAAAGCGUUUACGAGCUUGUACCGGAAUCACUCGAGAAAAUAAAACGAGUUUUACCGUAUGCAAUGAUCAAUGGAAUGCACGAGCUUCAACUCAAGCAAAUGGAGAAAAUUUGGGAGAUUUAUGAGAAAAUUCCACAGAAUUAUUCUUUCUAUAAGGGCCUCUCUCUUCCGGAUUUCCACUCAUUCGACAUCGAUUUUCUUCGUUACACCGUUCGCCAAUAUUUGAGCAAAUCCCUUGACUCUCUAAUUGCUCACAAGAAGUUCACUUUAGUUAGAGAUCUCACAAAUUACGAGAAUCUCACAACAGAGACGGUGGAUAGGGCGCUCAUUUCAGUGAAUUUCAUUGAGCGGAUUGAUGGCGUACAUGAGGAAUUGAGCUUCAUCUUGAACAAUAGACUCACCUAUUUAUUCCUUUGUGCAAUCGGUUCUGUGCCUCCACCUGAGUAUCAUUACGUGAGAAGACUUGUUGCGCUGUAUUUGCCAGGAGAAAGACUUCUAACCAAAGUCGCUGAGCUUUUGACAAAUGCUCCAUAUUUGGCUGGGAAAGUCUUGUUUGCGGCUGAUCGUGUGAAUGCGUUUGUUCGUCUCUAUUGCAAGAAUCAUCAAUCAACUUGCCAUGAUCUCAACAACACCGCCGAAUUUGUGACCAACUACUAUGUCCGAGGCAUGCUCCGAAUUUUCGACUUACUACCAGAAACUGAAAUUGAUCACAUAAAGCAAGUCCAAAUCGACAUAAAGCUGCAAAAGUACAAAUUCGUAAUGGAGAGCUUGAACAGUCGCCUUCCUUCACUUUUCAAUGCGAUCAUUCAAGUACAUGAAAAUAUUGAGCGUAAACUCGGAGCGAUGAGCUAUUUGGGAACACAGGAGUUUAUUCGAAAGCUCGAGGCGGACACUUUACGUGUGAUGAUCCUUUUGGCUUUACGAGAAGAUGAAGAUCAAGAAGAUUAUCAUGAAUAUGCACGCUCCUGGAGGCGAGGUUUCACAUCGAUGGGCAGAAAAGCGAGAGCUGAGUUAGCGGUUGCGUUGCCCGAAUUUGCCAAAGUUCUCACAACAUCAUCGAGGAGA